UUAAUUCAUUGCUAUGCGUAAGACCAGUUAACUGUUUCUUUUGCAUUUUGUAGUCAUUAUCAUUCCGUUAUAUUGUACUUGAAGUUGUUUAAUGCUGUUUAUGUAUAACACGUCGCAGCACCUACAAAUUUAAAACAUUUGGACUUAAGGUCAAGUUAAGUUCGCAGUUUUUAUAUAAAUUGCAGAGUAAAGCUGCUAAAAGGCAUCAAACAAUUUCCAGUCUUCGAGCUGUAAACAAAUCAACAAACAAAACAAAAUGUUCAAAUUCGCCGUUGUUAUCUUCGCUCUCAUCGCCUGUGCUGCUGCCAAGCCUGGAGUUCUUCUCAGCCAGCCAUUGGCUUAUGCUGCUCCAGCUGCCGUUGUUGCUGCUCCUGCUCCAUAUGUGACUGCCACCAGCAGUCAAGUGAUUGCCCGCAACUACAAUGGAAUCGCAGCUGCUCAAGUGAUUGCUCCAGUUCCUACUCCAUUGGCUGCUACAGUUGCUGCUCCAGUCAUUGCCAAGUACGCUGCUGCUCCUCUGGCUGCUCCACUGGCUUACAGCUCUCCAUUGGCUGCUCCUCUGGCUUACAGCGCUCCUCUGACUGCUCCCCUUGCUUACAGCUCUCCAUUGGCUUACACUGCUGCAGCUGCUCCAGUUCUGCUAUAAGAACAACGACUUAAAAUAAACAUCCUUCCUACCAAAAAAAAAUUCUCCUUAUGACAA